AUGGCGGGCACCGGAGCUUUUUCCGAGAUAAUCGAGGGUGACGUGUUCAAAUACUACGGCGAUGGAGAGUGGAAAAAGUCUUCCUCCGGCAAGUCCGUCGCCAUUGUUAACCCCACCACAAGAAAGACUCAGUACAAGGUUCAAGCUUGUACACAAGAAGAGGUGAACAAGGUAAUGGAAAUUGCGAAAGCAGCUCAAAAAUCAUGGGCGAAAACUCCUCUAUGGAAACGGGCAGAGCUCCUCCACAAAGCGGCUGCCAUCCUUAAAGAGCACAAAGUUCCCAUAGCCGAAGCUUUGGUCAAGGAAAUUGCGAAGCCUGCAAAAGAUGCUGUCACUGAGGUUGUUAGGUCGGGUGAUCUGGUUUCUUAUUGUGCUGAAGAAGGAGUAAGACUUUUAGGAGAGGGCACAUUCUUGGUGUCUGAUAGUUUCCCUGGGAAUGAGAGAACCAAGUAUUGUCUCACGUCCAAGAUUCCACUUGGGGUCGUUUUAGCAAUCCCGCCAUUUAACUACCCGGUCAACUUAGCUGUCUCGAAAAUCGCACCUGCCCUCAUUGCCGGGAACUCUCUUGUCCUCAAGCCUCCAACUCAGGGUGCUGUGGCUUGCCUCCACAUGGUACACUGCUUCCACUUAGCUGGUUUUCCGAAAGGCCUCAUCAGCUGCAUCACCGGCAAAGGCUCGGAAAUCGGCGACUUUUUGACAAUGCAUCCCGGUGCGGGCAUGGUCCCUCUGCAGAUGGAGCUCGGAGGAAAAGACGCGUGCAUCGUGCUUGAAGACGCUGACUUGGACCUCGUGGCAGCUAACAUCAUCAAGGGUGGAUUUUCUUACAGUGGUCAGAGGUGCACGGCAGUUAAGGUGGUCCUAGUGAUGGAGUCGGUGGCUGAUGAGCUGGUGGAGAAGGUGAAGUCGAGGGUGGCGAAGCUGACCGUGGGCCCGCCAGAGAACGACUGUGACAUCACUCCGGUGGUUUCGGAGUCAUCGGCCAACUUCAUAGAAGGUCUUGUGAUGGAUGCUCGGCAGAAAGGAGCUACUUUUUGUCAGGAGUAUAAAAGGGAUGGAAACCUUAUUUGGCCGCUGUUGUUGGAUCACGUCAGGCCCGAUAUGAGGAUAGCGUGGGAGGAGCCAUUUGGGCCCGUUUUGCCUGUCAUUAGGAUUGGGUCGGUUGAGGAGGGUAUUCAUCACUGUAAUGCCAGUAAUUUUGGGCUGCAG